AUGAAAUUUGAAGACUUACUCAAAAUUGUAGGCGAUUUCGGUAUUUUUCAAAAACUAUUGAUCACAUUGUUUCUAAUACCAACGUCGACAUUGAUUACACUAUACGACUACUUGUUUAUGUUGGCCACACCUGACCACUGGUGUUAUGUACCACAGUUGGCCAACUUAUCGUCAAAUUUACAAAAACAACUAAUUAGUCCCGAAACUGUUGGUCAGGGAUUAGUAUCAUUAGACAGGUGCCAUAUGUAUGAUAUUGACUAUGACUUAACUGAUUAUUACAACAACACAACAACAACAUCAAUAAGUUUAGCGUUUAAUAUAAAUAAUAUAACAAUUAAAGAGUGCAUGGAGUUUGUGGGAAUUGACUAUCGAUCCAAAACAUCCAGUCUCUCAUCACUGGCUUAUUCUGGGGGCAGUUGUUUACUACCACUAGUUGUCUAUUUGACAACUGGUAACUGGAUAUUGUUGGCUAGUUUUCAAUUAGUCGCAACACUACCUAUGUUUAUAGUUUGGAGAUAUUUACCUGAAUCUGCUUCGUGGCUAAUAACUAAGCGCCGAUAUACCGAUGCCUACAAUGUUUUGGAAAAAGUGGCCAAAAUUAAUGGCAAACAAUUACCAAAUGAUUUUAUGAAUCAAAUUCAAAAAGUGGGCCAAAAACAGAUGGAAAUAAAAUGGAGUAAAAAAAUAAACGACUCGUCUCUCGACUUUCUUCGAGUACCAGAACUAAGAAAACAAACCGUUAUUUUGCUAACAAUUUUUGUGGCAAAUGUUAUGACAAAUAUAGGAUUGUCGUUGAAUUCACUUAAUUUUCACGCAAACGAAUUGUUAAACUAUUUUCUUAUAUCAUUGGCUGACAUACCGGCCCUAUUGUUGGGCUGGUAUCUGAUUGAGAGCCGACUUGGCCGUCGAUGGACCAACACUUUUGCUAUGUUAUUGUGUGGCAUAGCGUUAUGUAUACCAAUAUUGAUAGAUCCAUCACAUAAGCUAUUAAUUACCGUCCUAUCGAUGAUUGGUAAAUCGGGAACCGCUGUCUCGCAUAUGAUUACAUAUCAACAAUCGGCCGAAAUAUUUCCGACAACUCUGAGAAGUGCGGGAAUGGCUAUAUGUUGUACUGGUAAAUAUGGACUUUGGAUUCCAUUGUUUAUAAUGGGUUCGGUUUGUCUAAUAGCUGGUCUGGCCUCUAGUUUUCUACCCGAAACAUUAAACAAAAAUUUACUGCAAAAUAGUGCCGACAACAUGGAAUUUGAAGACUUACUCAAACUUGUCGGCGAUUUCGGUAUUUUUCAAAAAUUUUUGAUUACAUUUUUUCUAAUACCAACGUCGACAUUGGUUACACUAUACGACUACUUGUUUAUGUUGGCCACACCUGACCAUUGGUGUUAUGUACCAGAGUUGGCCAAUGUAUCCGCUGAUCUACAAAAACAACUAAUUAGUCCCGAAACUGUUGACCAGGGAUUGGUAUCAUAUGACAGGUGCCGUAUGUAUGAUAUAGACUAUGACUUAAUUAACUAUUACAACAACUCAACAACACCAAUAAGUUUAGCGUUUAAUAUAAAUAAUAUAACAACUAAAGAGUGUAAUAACGGUUGGGUUUAUGAUAAAUCAAUGUUUACAUCAACGGCAACCACACAUUUCAAUUUGGUUUGCAAUAAUGCACAUUAUGUAAGCAUUUUGUUAUCAAUAGGAGCCAUAGGACAGGUCAUCUUAACUCCUAUUUUAUCAAUAUUGACUAAUUGGAUUGGCCAAAAGAAAUCAUUUUUGAUCGUCAAUAUAAUGAUUGUAUUGUCAUUUAUAUCACCCAUUGUUUUACGCGAUUAUAUUAGUUUUGCAAUUUGUCGGUUCAUUUGUAUGGGGUUUGCAGUUAUUGACUAUCAAAUAUCGUAUAUUAUGUGCAUGGAGUUUGUGGGAACUGGCUAUCGAUCCAAAACAUCCAGUCUCUCAUCACUGGCUUAUUCUGGGGGAAGUUGUUUACUACCAGUAGUUGUCUAUUUGACAACUGGUAACUGGAUAUUGUUAGCUAUUUUUCAAUUAGUUGCAACACUACCUAUGUUUAUUGUUUGGAGAUAUUUACCUGAAUCUGCUUCGUGGCUAAUAACUCAACGCCGAUAUACCGAUGCCUACAAUGUUUUAGAAAGAGUGGCCAAAAUUAAUGGCAAACAAUUACCAAAUGAUUUUAUGAAUCAAAUUCAAAAAGUGGGCGAAAAACAGAUGAAAAUGAAAUCAAUGCAACAGAAGAACGACUCGUAUAUCGACUUUCUUCGAGUACCAGAACUAAGAAAACAAACCCUUAUUUUUCUAACAAUUUUUGUGGCAAAUGUUAUGACAAACGUUGGAUUAUCAUUGAAUUCACUUAAUUUUCACGGAAACGAAUUGCUAAACAAUUUUCUUAUAUUAUUGGCUGACAUACCGUCCCAGUUGUUGGGCUGGUAUCUGAUUGAGAGCCGACUCGGCCGUCGAUGGACCAAUACUUUGUCUGUGAUGUUGUGUGGCAUAGCAUUAUGUAUAUCAAUAUUAAUAGAUCCGUCCAAUAAGUUAUUGAUGACAGUCUUAUCGAUGAUUGGUAAGUCGGGAAUCGCUGUCUCCCAUAUGAUUACAUAUCAACAAUCGGCCGAAAUAUUUCCGACAACUCUGAGAAGUGCGGGAAUGGGUAUAUGUUCUGCUGUUUCGUCGUUGUCCGACAUCGGUAUACCUUAUAUAUCAUAUUUGGGUAAAUAUGGACUUUGGAUUCCAAUGUUUAUAAUGGGUUUGGUUUGUAUAAUAGCUGGUCUGACCUCAAGUUUUUUACCCGAAACACUAAACGAAAAUUUACCGCAAACUACUGCCGACACUCAAAAAUUUGCUAAAAAUAGAAAAUAUUUUUCGUUGGCUAAAACCACUGUUGAAAUACUUAAUAAAGAGUCACUAUUAGAACCAUUAUUAUAA